AUGGCGGCUCUGUCUGUUCAGCCUCUCAAGAGAAAGCGUAAUGAGAAUGCGGACAAGAUAGAAACUCCUAGCACGGAAGAACAAGAAGCAGGUGAGCUCCAGUUAUUCCGAGAGACAGAAGAAGAUUACAGGACCAUCACAUUGCCCUAUCUGCAGUCCCAAAGCCUCAGCAUCCAGUGGGUGUAUAACAUUCUUGAGAAGAAGUCUGAAGCUGACCGUAUUAUUUUCGAGAACCCAGAUCCCUCUCAUGGCUUUAUCCUCAUUCCUGACCUCAAGUGGAAUCAGCAACAGCUUGAUGAUCUGUAUCUGAUUGCCAUCUGCCACCGCCGGGAUGUCAGGUCACUGCGAGACCUUACUUCGGAACAUCUGCCUCUGCUCAAGAACAUCCUCUUAGAGGGACAGGAAGCCAUUCUGCAGCGCUACCAGCUGAAGGGGAGCUGCCUCCGGGUGUACCUGCACUACCUGCCUUCCUACUUUCACCUGCACGUGCACUUCACUGCCCUGGGCUUCGAGGCCCCAGGCUCUGGGGUGGAGCGUGCACACCUGUUGGCAGAUGUCAUUGAAAAUCUGGAAUGUGACUCAAAGUACUAUCAGCAUCGCUCUCUGCCCAUUGCCCUUAGGACUGAUGACCCCCUGUUCCAGCUCUUCCAAGGGGGCAAGAAAGGUUGA